AUGUCACAUAAUAAAAUGGAAAACAAUGAUUGUAUAUGUGGUAAUAAUUCUCAACCAAUAGAAAACAAUAAAUGUUCAAUUAGUUUUAUAGUAAAUGAUUAUAUUAAUACUAAAAACACCAACACUGCACCAACAACUAACAAUAAUAAUAAUAAUAAUAAUUCAAGCAGAGAUUUUUUUGAUCCAUUAACAAAUUCAAACAGAAGAUGUUAUGUCAUAAAUUUUUUAAAUAGUGUUUGUUAUAUUCGUAAUCAGCCAUACAAUAUAAUUAUUCAUAGAAAUGCAAUAGAGAAAAUUUGUGAUUGUAGAAUAUUUAUUGCAAAUGAGAUUUCAAUAUAUAACUCACUAAAAACGAAAGAUGAUUUGUUUUUAAAUAUGAUAAAUUUGACUAGUUUUAUUAAUGACUGUGUUACAGAAUUAAUUUUUUUAGAUUCAUUUCAAUCUUCUUUAGUAAUAGAUAUCCAAAUGUUUUCUAAUGAAAUAGGAACUAGAAAUGUACCAAACCGUAAAAUACCAACACCUGUAUUGCCACCUCUUGUUUCUGACAACAAUUCAACAAAUUUACAAAAUCAAAUCAGUUCUCAGACCAUUACUUCACAAAGUCCACAUAUUAAUAAUAAUAAUACAAUAACUGAUGCCAAUUUGUUCCCAAGAAAACGUAGAUUAAAUGUAAAUAAUUAUAUUGUUAAAGAAACCAUGGAAUUAAGUAAAAAGUUAAGAACAACAAAUCAAACAUCAGAUGAUUAUAAUACACCAAAGAUAAUAAGAAAAUUGAAAUUAAGACCUGGUGAUUGUUACAUGUGUCCAAAUAUAGAAUCAAACAAUUGGAGAAAUUUUAUUUUUAAUGGACAACAUAUUACACUUUGUAAUGCUUGUGGUUUAAGGAUGAUUAAAAUCAAUAAAAAAGAAAAAGAAAUUCAAAACUCAAUGUUUACAACACGUUAA